UGGAACAACCUGCUUGAGUACAACCUUUUCGGCAAGAAACUUUAUUAAAGAAGAAGUCUAACGUCAAUCGUUAGCUCGACGCUAAUUUGAUUGAAUAAUGCAUCGAUGAAUUAUUUAUCCGUUUCAUUUGUGAUAGAUCAAUACUUAACAGGGUUAAUCAACUUCUUAUUCAGGUAUAAAUAAUUUUGGUGCUUAAACCAAAAUAAAAUGGCACCCAAAUUACGCCAACGAGUUUCAUUGCCUACAAAAGAAGAAACUCCAGCAAAGAAGCGCAAUGAGCAAAAUAGUUUUAAAACUUCAGAGAAAAGUAAAAAUGACUCCAAGCCUUCAUCAAGUACUACUGAUCAUUCAUCAGAUACUGCAUUUAGGUUGCUAAUAGCAGCUCGAUUGAUAGCUGCAAUUACCAGCUACAUAAGUGAUUGUGAUGAAACUUACAACUACUGGGAGCCUGGACAUUAUCUUUUAUAUGGAACAGGUCAACAAACGUGGGAGUAUAGUCCACAGUAUGCACUCAGAUCGUACGCUUAUCUUCUUAUUCAUAUGGUACCAGCAAAACUUUACUGGUACAUUUUAAGUUUUUUUCAUGCUGAACCAAAUCCUAUGCAUAUUUUUUAUUUUGUGAGAUGCGUUCUUUCAUUUGUUUGUACAAUUUCUGAAGUAUAUUUAUACAGAAAUAUUGGCAAAGAGUUUGGAAUUCAUGUUGCAAGAAUUGCAUUAGGAUUCUCUUUGCUUAGCAGUGGAAUGUAUAUUUCCAGUGCUGCUUUUCUACCUUCAUCGUUUUCAAUGUGUUUCAGUACAGCAGCUAUCGCUGCCUGGUUUGGUCAUAAAUAUGAACUAGCUAUAUUUUACACUGCUAUAUCCUCUUUACUUGGUUGGCCUUUUGCUGCAUUGCUUGGAGUUCCAAUUGCUGUUGAUAUGUUAUUUAGAAAAAGGAACUGGUUAACUUUUUUCUCUUGGGUGAUUAUUUCAGCCAUUGUAAUUCUGGGACCUAUGAUUUUCAUAGAUUCAAUGUACUAUGGAAAAUUAACAAUUGCUCCGUUAAAUCUUAUCAUGUACAAUGUUUUCACAGAUCAUGGGCCUGAUUUAUAUGGUACUGAACCUUUUAGCUACUACUUUAUGAAUGGUUUUCUGAAUUUCAACUUUGUUUUUGGUUGGGCAAUGCUCACACCAGCAUUAAUAAUUUUAGCUCACUAUUUUCUGCCGUUGGAAAUGAGACAUCCUGCCCAAUUACCAUUUUGGCUCUCAUUGGCUCCAUUAUAUUUAUGGUUUUUAGUCUUCUUCUUUCAACCUCAUAAAGAAGAAAGAUUUUUAUUCCCUGUGUAUCCCUUAAUAUGUCUUCAUGGGGCUAUUACAAUUGAUGUAGUACAAAAGCUUUAUUUUCAUGCAAAAAGCAAAGCAUUUAAUUAUGCAGUAUCAAUAACAAACAAUUAUGUAAAGUGUACCAAGUAUGUUAUGAUCUUUGCUAUUAUAAUCUGUGGAUGUUUUGGUUUAUCUCGUACUUAUGCAUUGUACAAUGGGUAUCAUGCCCCAAUGGAUAUUAUGGCUGAAGUAAACAAAUUAGGAAUGAGUCAAAACAUACCAAAAGAUAUGGAAAUCAAUUUUUGUGUUGGUAAAGAAUGGCAUCGAUUUCCAAGUAGUUUCUUUUUUCCAUCUAAUAAUUGGAAAUUGCGAUAUAUCAAGUCUGAGUUCAAAGGUCAGCUUCCUCAAGCAUAUGCACAACAUGAAAAUGCUACUAGCAUGAUUCAGCCACACUUCAAUGAUAAAAAUGAGGAAGAACGAUCUAGGUACUUUGACGUUGAAAAAUGCCACUUUAUGAUGGAUUUAGAUGUAGGAAGAAUUACUAAAUUAGAACCUAACUAUUCGCAUAAAAAAGGUAGAUUUAGAAUUUUAAAGUCUGUUAAAUUUUUGGAUAACUUGAAAUCCGAUCCUGUCUACAGAGCAUUUUACAUUCCAUACAUGACUGAAGAAAAUGUUGCUUACGGUUCUUAUAACUUGUUGCAAAACAACAAGUACAAGUUUUCAGAAAAAAAAAUUUAAAUCAUUAAUCAUUCGCCAGCGUGUUGAGAAUUAAUGAAAAAGAAAAAUAAUUAUAAUAAUAGUCACAUAAUUGCGUUUGAGAUUAAAGCGUUUGCUUUAUGUACUUAUUUUGUAAGUAUCUGAACCAAGUAGUUGAUAACUUUUUUAAAGUCUGAUUUCUUCUUUUUACUGUUUAUGGAGAUGUAACAGACUGGAAUGUAAUUAAGUAUUAUACUUAUUUAUGAAUAGAGUGGUCUAAAAUUAUUUACUUGUACAUUAGUAUAAAUGUCCCUAUUUUUAUAUAGUUCUUAUUGAGUUCGUGAUAUACAUAUGUAAUAUCUAUAACGUUUAUCAGCGCAACAGAAUAUUGUUAAAUAUGUUACAAGCAACUAAAAGACUUUGAAGAUGAACUGAUUUUUUUUAUAAUUUAAAAAUGAUUUGAAAUCAACCAAUUGAUAUCUACAACUAUCUCAAUAUUCCAUUUAUUAAUUAGCUUUGAAAUAUUUUAAUUACACAUUUUAUUUAUUUAUUUAUAAUUAUAACAUAUAUCCCGAAUACGUAGUACUCCGAAAAAUAAACGAUAAAAGCUUCUAACGAGUA